AUGGCGUGUAGGAGGGCCCACAAUGUCAUCAGGUCAGAUGAGGAUGACAGUUCUGGCUGGGGUUCCAAGGCUCCAGUUCUGAAGAUGAACUGGGCAACGAUAAUGUGCUGGACGCUUCUGCUCCUAGCCGCUUUCUUUUGCGAGAAUGUCACCAGCAAGGGAGGCCGUGGGGGAGCCCGAGGGGCGGCACGUGGCAGGGGCCGAAGCAGCAGUAGCAACAGCCGGAUGCGGAUGAAGUCUGCCCCUCGCUACAGCUCCUCGGGCUCAGCCUUCCGGGUUGCAGCUGCUGCCUCGGCUGGAGCUGCUGCAGGGGCAGCUGCAGGGGCGAUCGCUGGGGUUGCUGGGAGGAGAAUUUCUGGAGAGGUAGGCAUGAACGACGGCUUGGAGACAGAUUUCUACUAUAGCAACCAGACCAGGGAAGGAGUUUACAGCUACAGGUGGACAUCAGGGACCGACCCUUGGGGCAUGGAGCCCAAUCUCAGCCUCUGCUUGACGCUGGGUUUCUUUCAGCUGUUUCCUCUUUAGAGAUUAGCUUUUCCUGGAAGGUCACAAUCUUCUCCCUUCCAUGUGCCAUCUGCCCCACCUGUCCCUGUCCUACUUUCCUCCACCUUCUUGUCCUAAUGGUUUCAUCUUUUACAUUCUACAGUAGCUUCUAAGGAACUGUGCUCACUCCUUUCCUUUGAGCUCUUCCUUAACUGCCAAUGAACCCUACAUGGACUUCAAGAGUUUCACAAUAGUAGGGUGAGCUGAAUCCUGGGCCAAAGGUGAAGGAGCACCAGGUCACCUGGGAUCAUGAAGAGGACCACUCCAGAAAACUCUUGUAGUCAGGGUGGACCACCUCAGAGGAAAGUUGAGCAUUUUCCCUAUAGUUCACUUUUCUAGGGCAUCAUUAGCUGCCCAUUGACAUAGCCCCACACCCAAUGUCAUUAGUCCCCAGAGCGAAACCUUUUCCCCAUUUCUUUCCCCUUAAGACCACCACCCAAAAGUCCAUAUUAUGGGAACUGACUCAUGUAAUUUCAAAAUGGUUCUCACUUUUCUCAAUGUCUGGGGGUGCUGAGAACAAGUGAAAACACGGGACCCUGAAGCUUUCUUCCCACCAGAUUCCAACUGCCAUGCCCCAACUCUCAUACUCUCUUCAGAGAGGAACCUAAAAGAGGUGCUGAGCCCAAGCCAAAGCCCAAGGGAUGAUGACCAACACCCAAAGAGAGCAGCCAUGGAUGCUUCUGAUUCCUAAAUUGAGGCCAAAGAGGACUGGGGACACACCUAGCAGCAGAACAUUGAGAGUGUGCUCUCCAUCACUCAGAUAAGCAAUAGUAUCAUCCCAGAGUUGCUCAAGAUGAGGGAAAACCCGGACUGCCUCCUCACAUUGCCCUUUUACAUGAAAUCACAGGGCAUAAUUUAAAUUUCAACAAAAUCCAACUGAAGAGGGGACAAUUUGGUGGGACUCUAAAAGAAAUUCAUUUUCUGCAGAAAAACAAAGGUGCCUCUGAAGCAUUUUAUUAAUCCAAGAAAAGGAAUUUAUUUCUAAAGGAAAGGAGUCUUGAUGCCCCCUGCCAAGGAUGUCACACAGAGGCCUCUGUUCCUUGGACAUGUUUUCUCUCUCUUUGGCUUUAGCUCCUCAGGCACAGACCUAUGAGCUGAUCUACCUUUUGGCUGUGACAAUUCUUAAACACUCUGGAAACUUAAGCCUGACUUCCCUGCCUCCUGGAUUUGUACCCACCAUUAGAUUGAAGGGUUUGGAGGAGAGAUUAUGAUUUAAUACUAUGAGAGUGAAAUAAAAAGCAAACUCUCCUUAGCCUAUCUUUAGAAGACAGAGAAGUAUUACAUUUGAACUUGAAUGUCUUCUUCAUUCAAGAUUUUUUUGUUUACUAACAUCAGUUAUUGUAACAACAAGGAAGUCCCCACUUGCCAACUGUAGGGAUUUUACCUACUAAUCUCUACUAUUCCUCACUAAAGGUCCUUCCCUAGGAGUAAAAGUCGGCUUCUGAUUCAUAGAAAGGUUUUUCAAACUCCCAAGAAUCUUCCUCCUGAGUGACUCAUCGUGAAGACUAAUGAAAAUAGCAAUCUUGUGUCUGAACGAGGCUAAAAAGAAUGCAGACACCCCACAGAAGUCAGGCACUCAGGCCUAAGAACCAAGCUCCUCUAGUGGACUGCUAACUAAACUGUUUUGCUUUUUUUCCCUCUUCUUAUGCUGUUCAAGGAGCAGCCUUGAAAGACAGGUUGAGGUAAAGUGAAUUUCAGCAUCCAAUGAAAAAGAAAAAAACAAAACAAAACUGAAGUCAGUUUUAAUGCUGAGCACUCUAGAAUCUGUUCUAUUUUGGAAACAAAAGGAAAGAACUGUUUUCUUGCCGUCCUCAACAAUAUCCAUUUCAAUUUGCCAUUUUUUUCUUUUGCCAGCAAAAGGAAUUCAGUGAGGCACAGUGCAGAGACCCCAAA